AGAAUAUUAGUACCAUUUUCUUGUUUUUUCAGCUGAAAAAGAACCCAUUAGCUUAAUAUAAGGAACAUAAGAUGAACAUAGUCCAUUUCUGAUCGACAAAUUCCGGCUUAGCUCACCUAGGCUAACAUAGAACCCACUGAAGAUUCCACAUCACUCAUCAGCACGUCAAAAGUUUUACUUUUAGCCUAGGUGGCUAGGUAGCAGCGGCUGUGACUGCGAGUGUGGAUGGCUGUGCUCGCCGUGUGCAUCGGCCUGGUCGGCCUACUUGCUCUCGCUGGUAUCCUGCUUGUUGUGUUCAUCAUGUUCAAACUUCCGAAACUUCCUCCUGAAAUUGACAGCAGAAGAAAAACCCAGAUAUUCUUGAUACAGAGUGGACUCUUUGCAUUGUUUGUUAAGAUGAAAGGAAAAUUGAAUGGGAAAAACUUUCUUGUCAAUGCAAGGGAAUCGGCAAACACAUGGCUGAAACCGAAACCUUCAAUUGUGACUGGGUCUACAGUCAAAUCAAGUGUGCGGGACUUUAGCGGAGUAGCGGUGAGGUUUUAUGAACCCAUAGUAAAAGAGAGGAAUGAUCUACCGGGACUUGUCUUCAUACAUGGCGGAGGAUUCAUGUUUGGAAGCGCUGGCAUGUAUGACCAAGUCACAAGGAAAAUGGCUGAAGUGAUUGGUGGUGUAGUCAUAUCAGUAGAUUAUCGCCUUGCCCCUGAGCAUCCGUUCCCCGCUGGGUUUGAUGAUUGCAUGACGGCCACCAAGCACUUCUUCAAGCAUUGUAAGGAGUUUGGGGUGGACCCAACACGAGUUGCUAUAUGUGGGGACAGUGCUGGAGGAAACCUGGCUGCUGGUGUGGUCCAGGAGCUGUGUUAUAAGACUAACCCUGCACAAGGAAUAUGCAGACCAAAGCUUCAGAUCCUUUUGUACCCACUUCUUCAGAUGCUGGAUCUUAAGACGCCUUCAUAUCAGAGACACGAUGCAGUCUUCGGGGUCUCUGGUGGGUUCUUACCGACAUCCUCCCUGGGCUGGAUGACACCCCGCUACCUGACAGGCAAGAAAGACGGCAGCCUUACCGCGGCUCUCAUGAAGGGCGCCCUCCACAGCUUUGCCGCUCGGGAGAAUGAUACCCUGAAGGACAUGCUGAGUCACGACUCGGUCCCAGCCAAGCUCAAAUGCGAAGCGUAUGCAACGCCAUCGAUGACUGACGUUGAUCCAUCCAUCAAGGCGGUUUGGGACGGGUUCAAACCAUUUGUCCUGGACACCAGGGUCAUGCCUCUGUACAAGGAAGACCUGAGUAGACUCCCACCAGCCUACAUCAUCACUUGUGACUUUGAUGUACUGAGAGAUGAUGGGGUCAUGUAUGCGGAGAGGCUCAAACAGGCUGGGGUGAAGGCUGUGCUAGACAACUGCUGUGGAGCGCUUCAUGGGUUGCUGUUCUUCCCUCAGUUCAAGUGGGGUUUGAUCGCAAGAAAGAAGUUGUAUGCCCAUCUCAGUGAUGUACUAUGAUGCAUCAUUCUUGGUCCAGAACUUGACCCUCAGUCUGGAGGUCGUGGUGCUCAGCGAAGUAGAUGACAACAUUUGCUGGCAGGCCAUAUCUCUUCCUGCUCUCCCAGCAGCCUGAACCCACACUGGAAUGUUGAGAGGACAUCCGAUGUGGAUUACCCAACGUAUCCACGGAAUGCUCACCCCCAAA